UGUUCACACAAAGAGAUUAUACCAAAUAAUGAUCAGAAUGAAUCAUUAUGAUGCCCACAUCUGCCUCCUAAAACGCUAAGGAUGGCGCUACCCGAGUUAAUGUGGGAGCUUUUGUUGCGAAUUUAAAAAUAUAUUCCGUUGAGUGAGCGCACACAGCCACCGUAAAGGCUGCUUCGUUGCAAUGCCCAUGCCUUCCUCUGUUACCGCAGUAUGUGGGGACUCGGGGGUGAAAGUUCACCAGCAUGGCUCUCACGUAUCAGUUGACAAUAUGGGCAAGUUGGACAUAAGAAGCAGCUUGAAUUUAAAGUAAAGAAGCAAGACAUCAGGAGGAAGAAAUCAACAUGACGAGCGACAGGGUUUCAUCGCUGGGCGCAGAGGAGGACGACACAGCUCUGGGAUACUAUGACGACGACGAUCUAGAGGCGUUUUCAGACGCCGGUCUGGGCUGUGAGGACGGAGUUCUGGGCUUCAGUGACUCUCUCAAUGGAGAUGUCAAACCUCGUAUCUUGUUAAUGGGCCUGAGAAGGAGUGGGAAGUCCUCCAUCCAGAAAGUGGUUUUCCAUAAAAUGUCACCCAAUGAAACUCUGUUCUUGGAGAGCACAAAUAAGAUCUGCAGGGAGGAUGUCUCCAGCAGUUCCUUCGUCAGCUUCCAGAUCUGGGACUUCCCUGGCCAGAUCGACUUCUUCGACCCAAGCUUCGACUACGAAAUGAUCUUCAUAGGCACAGGAGCUUUAAUCUUUGUCAUCGACUCACAGGAUGACUAUGUGGAGGCACUGAGUAGAUUGCAUCUUACAGUGACCAGGGCCUACAAAGUCAACCCAGAUAUCCACUUCGAGGUGUUCAUUCACAAAGUGGAUGGCUUGUCAGAUGACCACAAGAUCGAGAAACAGGGGGACAUUCACAAACGUGCAAAUGAUGACCUUGCAGACACAGGCCUUGAAAGAAUACACCUAAGCUUUUAUUUAACCAGUAUAUAUGACCACUCCAUAUUUGAGGCUUUCAGUAAAGUGGUCCAGAAGCUCAUCCCACAGUUGCCGACACUGGAAAACCUGCUCAACAUCUUCAUAUCUAACUCAGGUAUUGAGAAGGCCUUCCUGUUUGAUGUGGUCAGUAAGAUUUACAUUGCCACAGACAGCAGUCCAGUAGACAUGCAGACAUAUGAACUCUGUUGUGACAUGAUUGACGUGGUCAUUGACAUCUCCUGCAUCUACGGGUGGAUCCCUUUCAUUGAAUUUUGUAUGCACUUUUGUGAAAUGGUGCUCCAAGUUGCUUCUUUUGAAACAGAUACGGGUUUGUAUAUUAAGCACAGAGGGUCCAUACCUUCCUCUGCUCCUCUUGUAUUCCUUGCACCUUUUGUUUUUUGCAUGAAUACCCGCCGUUUGCCUGCUCGUCUCCUUUCCAGCAUCUUCAAGUUGAUUUUUGUUUGCUGCUUCCACAGGUUUUUUUAUUUUCACUAUUCCUUACUACGUUGUGUGUCCGUCUGGUGUUUGUAUUUUUUAAUUAGAAAUUGAUCCAUUUUGUGCCCUGUGCAUGUCACUCUGGCUAGCUGAGCUAUCGUGACAUGCUCGCGUGUACUGCCAUAAAGUAAGCCAGUGCUGGAAUGGAUGUUGGAAUUAGUGGAAUUAAUGUUGGAAACAACAUUAAUUGAGGUGAAGGGAGAAAUAUAGUGUGGGUGUUUGCAUGUUUGUAGUGUAGUGUUCAUUGUGUAUUUAUAUUUAUUUUAAUAAAUGUAUUGGCUGUGUUAUGUUGUUAUAAGCUACCAUGCAAUCCAUCAAAAAGCUUGACGAGUCACAUGUGUUUUUUUUGUCACUGAUGAUACUUUAUAGUGACAAAAACCAAAAGUAGGAAAUCAAACAAGUCUGUGUGAAAAGAUGGUUGAGGAAACAUGGCUUGCUUUUUAUCCGCAAGAAAAGACAUUGAAAUAUCUAGAUAACGUCAGCCAUAAGAGAUAGAAUGUUUAGUGUCCCCUGCUCUGAUUGUGUGAUAAUCGGCAGCCGUGAUGAGUCUGCAAGCAGAUUUAGAGGUGUAAGACCUCUCACAUUAUUAAAUUGUCUGAGCAGAACAUCGGUUCAGACCAACGUUCCAGACCAGAGUUCUUCUCUGUUUAUUGGAAGGGGUGAAAGGGUGUAAAUUUGCCCAGAACUGUAGUGUGAAACCAAUAUUAGUCAUUUAAAAGAAAAAAAGAUACAUUUUCUCUCAGUUUUUACUUACUUUACGUAGAUGAACUGAAGUUAGCUUGUUCAUUUCUGAUUUACACUUACAUAUAUAAAACAGCAACCUGUGUUUCCCAGCAUGAUCUCUAUUUCAUUCAGUCUACAUGAUGCGUCCCUAAAGCUUUUAGUUAUUAAUUUUACUCACUUCUGCAGGUCAGGUUUACCUUAGGCUUUACACAUGUAACUGCAACCUGAAGUGUCAUCUUAUGUAAUAAUCUGUUCUCAACCAACUUAACCCUUUGUUUUGUUUGCUUGAUUUGUCCAUGUAAAUGUUGCAGAAGUUAAAUGUCUGUCAUCAAUCUGCUCCCACAUUUCUAGCAUUGUGGUCACUCCUUAUGCUGGCAUUUAUUUUGUCUGUUCUCCUUUAGUCUAGAAAAUAAUGUAGCUGGUUUGCCCUAUGACAAGGAGUCUAUGGCUAUCAUCCACCUGAACAACACUACAGUCAUGUACCUGAAGGAGGUCACCAAGUUUCUCGCCAUGGUCUGCU